AUGCUUCGGCACGCAGCCACUCUCUUCGCCCUGUUGCGGCUUGGCUCGGGCCACGCUAUCGGCGCAUCCCAUCCUCAUCCGCGGGCCGUGGAAGGCAUCCAGGGUGUAGCCAUCCCCAACGGCUUCUCGCACUGCUUCUUCUAUGACGACUUCUCGCAGCCGGCCGGCUCGCAGCCGUCGCCGUCGCGCUGGGCAUUCGACCUCGGCCACGGGUACCCCGGCGGCCCGGAGAACUGGGGCACAGGCGAGGUGCAGUCCUACACGUCGGACCCGCGCAACGUGGCCGUGACGGACCGCGGCACGCUCAAGAUCACGCCCCUGCGCGGCGCCGACGGCACCUGGACCUCGUCGCGCAUCGAGACGACGGAGCGGUGGGACAUUGGGUGCCGGAAGGGCGACCGCAUGCGUAUCGAGGCGCGCAUCCGGCUCGGCGACGACCCCGCGACGAAGCAACUGGGCAUGUGGCCGGCGUUCUGGGCGCUGGGCUCCGAGUUCCGCGGCGAUUACUCCAACUGGCCGGGCGUCGGGGAGAUUGACAUCCUCGAGAGCAUCAACGGAGAGAACAAGCUGUGGAACGUGGUUCACUGCGGCUUCGCGCCGGGGGGGCCGUGCAACGAGCCCUCUGGCCUCAGCCACAUCGAUCAAGAUUUCCGCAGGGGCGUCUGGCACACCAUCGCGUGGGAGGUGGACCGCCGGCAUUGGCCCCUUGCCGAGGACGAGAAGCAGGAGGAGUCCAUGAGCUGGUUCGUGGACGGCAAGAAGCAGUGGACGCUGAAGCAGUCCGCCGUCAAGAACGACACGGCGUGGGAGGCGCUCGCGGGCGGCAAGAAGAUGCUGCUGCUCAACGUCGCCGUCGGAGGCGGCUUCCCCGACGCCGUGGCCGGGAUCAAGACGCCUACCAACGAGACGGUGGGAGGCCAAGGGGCGAGCAUGGAGGUCGACUACGUCGCCGCGUACAUCAAGCUGCUUUGA